AUGGCCGACUUCAAGCUGUCCGCGCAGCUUGUCGGUCAUGAUGCUGAUGUUCGACAUGUCUGCUUCCCCUCUCCCGAACUUAUUCUCUCCGCUGCUAGGGACUGUACCGUUCGUGCGUGGAAACGCACCAGUACGUCGCCUCCUGCGUUCGAACCCUCCGUAGCUACCAAAGGAUCCGAGUUCUACAAUAGCCUAACCUACUUACCCCCUUCGUCCGACCACCCCGACGGCUUAAUCGUAUCUGCCGGAACCGAUACUAUCAUUGAUGUCAGAAGGGCCACCUCGGCGGCCUCGGAUAACGCUGAACGUCUCCUUGUCGGCCACGCUCGAAACGUUUGUGCUUUGGCCGUUGUUCCCGGUGGUCGGUAUAUCGUGUCGGGUAGUUGGGAUAAGACUGCUAGAAUAUGGAGUGUAAAUAAGUGGGAGACGGAAGCUAUCCUGGCUGGACACGAGGAGGCGGUGUGGGAUGUCCUUCCCUUGGACGAUACUACCGUCGUAACGGCUUCUGCUGACAAGAAUAUUCGCAUCUACGACCUCAGGACUGUUGUUACCGGCCAGGUCGAGCCUCGAUCCACUAUCUACACCUCUGACGUCAUCCGAGCUCUAUGUCGGGUUCCCAGUGGCCAUCCGAGCGGUGCCGAUUUUGCUAGUGCCAGCAACGAUGGGGUCAUCCGCCUAUGGAAGCUGAGUGGCCAAAAGGUUGGAGAGCUCCAUGGCCAUGAAAGUUUCAUAUAUGCCCUCGACACAUUACCCUCUGGCGAGCUGGUCAGUUCGGGAGAAGAUCGAACGGUCCGCGUAUGGAGAGGUACCGAGUGUGUCCAGACCAUUACUCAUCCUGCCAUCUCGGUGUGGACUGUGUCUGUGUGUUCGGUAGAUGGAGACAUCGUGACAGGUGCCAGCGACGGUGUCAUCCGUGUGUUUUCCCGUGAUCCAGAGCGCCUAGCCAGCCCUGACACUCUAGCGCACUUUGAUGAAUCCGUCAAGAGUUCGUCGAUACCACAGCAGCAAGUCGGUGGGAUAAACAAGGAGAAGCUUCCAGGCCCCGAAUUUCUAAAGACCAAAUCGGGUACCAAGGAGGGACAGGUGCAGAUGAUAAGAGAGGAAAACGGUUCCGUGACGGCUCACCAAUGGUCGAUGAGCCAACAACAGUGGGUCAACGUCGGCACCGUGGUCGACGCAGUAGGCAGCAGUGGGCGCAAGGUUGAGUAUAACGGCCAGUCUUAUGACUACGUCUUCGACGUCGCUAUCGAAGAGGGUCAGCCUUCCCUGAAACUACCAUAUAAUCUAUCCGAGAAUCCCUACACCCGAGCCCAGAAAUUUAUUGACGACAAUGAGCUUUCGCAAAACUUCUUAGAUCAGGUCGCGCAGUUCAUCAUCACAAACACGCAAGGGGCUACAAUUGGACAAGACUCUGAGGGUUCAGGCACGGAGUCGCGGCAUCGGCCGGGUGAUGACCCUAGCUCUUCUAAGGCCCGAUCUCUACCGCAGCGCGAGUAUCUCGAUAUCACGGCUGCAAAAUACGAACCCAUAAUUAAGAAGAUUCUCAGUGUUAGCUCUUCUCUUGAAGCCGCGGGACGCAAAGACCUUUCCCUAAACCCACCAGCGCAAGAAGUAUUACUUGGGUUGAGGCAGAGACUAGAAGCGAACCAACCGGUAGUGGAGAAUGCCUCUAUCAGCUUAGUCGUCAUGAUGUGUACGGAAUGGGACUACUCGGAUAGGCUAGCUCCUCUCGACCUUUUCAGAUGCACCGCGACGUCGCCCGCUGUAGCCAAGUUCAGAUCGGCCAACCUCGGCAGUCCGGUACAGAUAGCCAUCUCCGCCGCGCUCGAGGGCAUCCCGCCUGGUGCACAACCUAACGAAAACUGCGCUAUGAUGGCGGCCCGAACAAUUGCCAAUCUUUUCAGAUCUACCGAAGGUCGAAGAUUGCUCGCACAACAUUCGGAAAGCCUCCAGAUCGCAUCGUUCGUCGACCGGGUAUUAGGUAUCGGUGGCCAACCUCCGAUCGGUCCGUACAACCGUAACCUAUUAAUCGCCUUGACGACGACCAUUGUGAAUCUCGCCGUUCUUGCAUCGAGAGAGCCGGGAAGCGUCUCAGCCAACGUUCAGGUCCGCCUGCUAACCGCGCUUGCUCGGAUUCUUCAAACGCAAACCGAAGGAGAAGUUAUAUUCCGAGCGUUGGUGGCUGCGGGUACCCUUAUUACCGUGAUUGGUAAGACUGCUCCUGAGGCUAAAAGCUUGUCGUCGUCCAUAGCGUCGAGUAAAGAACGUAUCUCCGAACCGCGUGUGAAAGAGCUAGCCGAUGAGUGUCUAUCACUACUAAGAUAG